AUGAAGUUCUCAGCGCUUGUGCUUCUGGCUAGUGUCGCCAUCAGUCUUGCUUCACCUCACAACAUCCCAGGUGGACGAAUUAUCCCUGUUAAUGACAAGAAUGAAUUGAAAGCCAUUGGGGCUUACCAUCAGAAGUAUCCCGAUCGCCGUACGGUCACUAUUCGUCCCUCGAGAAGCGACAGCGAUGAUGUCUCGGAUGAUUUCCUCUGGGGAAUUCAGCAGGCUAAUUACGGAGGCCGACUUCUCCUUGAGAAGGAUAAGACUUAUGUGAUUGGUAAAAAGCUGGAUCUGACCUUCCUCAAUGAUAUCGAAGUUCAGCUAGAAGGAGAGAUCAAAUUCACAAACAAUAUUACUUACUGGCAAGCAAACAACUUCUACUAUUCGUUCCAGAAGUCCAUCACCUUUUGGAUAUGGGGAGGAGAGGAUAUCAAGAUUUUUGGAAAAGGAACUAUGAAUGGCAAUGGUCAAAAAUGGUAUGACGAAUUCUCUGGGAGUCAGAUCCUAGAUCCAGAUAAUACCUUCUACCGACCGAUUCUUUUUGUCACAGACAAUGCGACAAGAGUCAGCGUGGAAGGAAUCACGCAGUUGAAUAGUCCCUGCUGGACCAACUUCUUGAUUCGCACUGACGAUGUCUCAUUUGACGAUGUGUAUAUCCACGCCUACUCGACCAAUGCAUCGGUUGACGCGGCCAACACGGACGGGUUUGAUUCCCUCAUUGUGGACAACUUCCGAGUCACCAAUGUUCGCGUGGAUAACGGCGACGACUGUUUUAGCCCGAAGUCAAACACGAGUAACAUCUUCGUGCAGAAUCUGUGGUGUAACAACUCACACGGAGUAUCAAUGGGCUCCAUCGGAGAAUAUUCGGGAGAAUACGACUUCAUUGAGAACGCGUACAUGGAGAAAUUGACUCUAUUGAAUGGCCAAAAUGGAGCGCGAUUGAAAGCUUGGGCUGGGCCUGAUGUUGGAUAUGGUCGCAUGACAAACAUCACCUAUCGCAAUGUUGAGAUUCAAAAUACCGAUAGCCCGAUCGUGUUGGAUCAGUGCUAUUUCGAUAUCAACUCGACCGAGUGUGCGGAAUACCCAUCGCACGUGAACAUCACGAAUGUCAUCUUCGAUAACAUCUGGGGUACAUCGUCAGGCAAAGAGGGGGAAGUCGUUGUGGACCUGACAUGUUCGCCUAACGCAGUCUGCUCCUAUAUUAAUCUAUCGCGCAUUAAUCUGACCAGCCCAGACGGUGGGUCGGAAAUUAUUUGCGAUAACAUUGAGGGGAGCAUCGGGGUCAAUUGUACAAGUUCUUAG